AUGGAGUCGCAGAAUUUGCAGGCAGCUUCGACUUAUGUGAACAAUAUCCUGCUGGCGAGAGGCCUACUGAAAGGGGGUCGUGCGAUCGAUUUCGCAGACCCCGAAAAUGAAGACGGAGGCACCGAUGGCACCAUGGCUCGUGUGAUUAAUUUGGUUAACGAUUUGGUUUUGAGACGAGACCGCGAAGCCGAACACCGCGAAAGCUUGUCUACCACUAUUCGCACACUCCAGGCGACUGAGACGGAGCAGACGGCGGAGAUUGGAAAAUUGAGAACCAAGACAUCCGAAUUAACUCGCUCGGUGGCUCUAGCGGAGGCUCAGGAGCGCGCGCUCAAAACGAACGUCACCAACGCUGAAACGACGAUCCGAGGAUUGAAGGAGCAAGUGCAGCGCAUGAAAAGCACCGUCUCGCAAGUUCGGGCGCAAUGUGCAAAUGAUAUUCGCAAGCGGGAUCUGGAGAUGCAGAAGCUCAAAUCGCAUUUGGCCGAUAGACAACGGGGCAAACGCGAAGGCCUAGGCGUUACGACUAUCAACAUCAACCCCGCAGCCGACCGGUCGCGCCUUGGAGCCAGUGGAGGAGAUCGAAUCAAUGACCCUGGAUACAGCUUGAAACAGGAGACGACCGAUUUCUUGACGGAAUUGUGUCAGAAUCUUAGUGACGAAAAUGAUACGCUCAUUGAGCUUGCACGAAACACAGUUCACACUUUGAAGGACUUGCAGGGCUUGCCGCAGGCGGAAGCUACACCUGAAUCUGAACAAAAUGGCAUGGGUGCAAGUGUAGCCCAAAAGCCUGGGCCUGUUACUUCGUUGCCAACCUCGUGCGAGGAGCUGUCUGUCCACAUGGAGACAGUACUGGAUCACCUACGGACCCUGCUUACAAACCCGUCUUUCGUCCCUCUGGAAGAAGUCGAGGUACGGGAGGAGGAAAUUAAACGACUCCGAGAGGGCUGGGUGAAGAUGGAAGGCCGGUGGAAGCAAGCUGUCACUAUGAUGGGCGGCUGGCAACGUCGACUUGCAGAUGGUGGGGACUCUAUACAGGCCGAAGAGUUGAAACACGGCAUGAACCUCGACCUCAGCAUCAACUCACCCGAGGAAACUAGCAUUCAAAGUGCUGGGUCUAACCCUAUACCAACAAUCCUGGAAGACCAAGACGAGGAGCAAGAUCUGCGGAACUCAGAGCAGCACACAGAACAAAAAGCACCAGAGCCCGAAAUUUCCAACCCGCGGACAAGAUCGAAAAUCCGAAAAGUACCCGAGCGACUUGACCGUGUCUUACGAGAGCGUAAUGACAACAGUAUGGCAAAGCGCCCCCGAAAGGUAUCAUUCACCCCCGGUCUGCAAGGCUCCCCGGCCGUUGAGAAUGUCGACGAUGAAACACUCGAGAUCAAAGCCUACAAAACAGAAAGUGUGACCCGCAGACCGUCAAGACGAAAGACCCAAUCAAAAGAAGCCCCCCAGGAAUCUCUGAGCGUUCAACAAAAGCUUGCUGCGGUUGAGGAUGAGGCCCGAGCAGCUCAAAAUGAACAAAAAGAGCGCGAGUCACGAAAGAGAAGUCAUCCAGAUAAGGCUUCUAGGCCGCCUAACCGCCGCCGAAGUACACUCACCACUGACGAGCUUGGCGAUCUGAUGGGCGUGGCCCGGUAA